CGUGUUUUGGUUACCCUUUUGCUCUACUGUUUUGUUUUCCUCCGCUGUCCCCUCUCUAUUCCCCCCCCUCUCUCUCUCUAUCUCUCAAACCAGAAAAUCCACAAAUCAAACCCACAAAUCAAAAUCCAUGAAUCGAACCUCAAAUCGAAGCCAAAAAUCAAACCUCAAACCCACAAAUUGAAAACGUAGAGUUGUUCAUGAUCGGGGACGCUGAAGAGGUACGGCUAUUCACGAUCGGAGCUGUCCGCGAUCGCUGACGAUGACACCGCCACCGCCGCCGCCCACGCGCAGAUCUGGAGAUGGCGCCAGGGCUGGCGAGGUGUAGUAGCGUGGGAGCAACUGGCGCGAUGCAACUGCUGAGACUGCUGGGUCUGUGAUUUCCCCCCUUUUUCUCGCCAGUUUUUCGAUUUUUGAGUUUUGGUUCGGCUGCUGUAGAGAGAGAUGUCUGACGUUGCUCUCCAAUUUCUCCUGGACAACCUCCAACAUCUUGUAGUCUAUAAUGCUAAUUUGUUCAUUGAUGUGAAGGACGAAGUUAAAGGUCUUAUAGAAGAUCUUGAAAUGUUGAAAGCAUUUAUUGAGGACUCGGCGGAGAAGAGCCGCGAGUCUAAAGCAGUACAAGUGCUGGUGACUAAUAUCAGAGCUCUGACUUUCGAGGCAGAAGAUGCCAUCGACGUCUUUGUGAUGGAGGCUUCUGUCCCAAAGUCCCAAAAAUGGCUCCGGAAAAUGUUCCAUGGCAUUAGUCAUGCAUCUAAGAUUCGCAGUGUUGCAGUGAAGGUUCAAACUAUAAGGGCAAAGGUGAAAGAAAUAUACGAUAACAAGUUGUACGGCUAUGAAGCCCUUCAAGGUAGAGACCCUGCUGGCCGAAGAAGGAUGGAGAGGAGGCCUCCCAACGUCGAGAAAGACAACGUGGUGGGCUUUGACGAAGCGACCACAAAUCUAAUUGGUUGGCUCACUGGUGGAGCUGAAGACCUACAAGUAUUCUCGAUCAUAGGUAUGGCCGGGCUGGGGAAGACGACUCUGGCUAAUAAGAUUUAUUACGACCCUAGAGUUUCGGAUGCAUUUUCUAGUCUGGCCUGGAUUUAUGUAUCUCAAACUUAUACCUGCAAGGACUUGUUCCUUACCAUUCUGAAAAGUGUUAAUCAAGUCACAAGCAACAUGUUUAAGAUGAAUGAAGACAUGUUGGCGGAAGAAGUCAGUCGCAUUCUGACUUGGAAAUAUCUAAUUGUUGUGGAUGAUGUGUGGGGGAAGGAGGACUGGGAUAGGAUUAAAAGGGCUUUCCCCAACUGCAAAAACGGAAGCAGAAUUCUCCUAACGAGUCGAAACAAACCCGUGGCUGUGCAUGCCAAUCCGCGUUGGCCGGUUUAUGAGCUGGAUUUUCUGAAUCAUGAUCAAAGUUUUGAGCUGCUCCAGAACAGGGUUUUUGGUGGAGAAUGCCCCCAAGAGCGUCAAGACUUGAUACCUGUCGGAAAGGAAAUCGCAGAACAAUGCAACGGUCUACCACUUGCACUUGUGGUAAUUGCUGGAAUGCUUCAAAACGACAUAUCCACGGGCUGGUGGGAGACUGUAGCUAAAAGUGUCAACGCAUUCCUCGUCAGGAACGAAAAGGAAUUGAUGGAAGUGCUAGCUCUGAGCUACUAUUACUUACCGCCUCACUUGAAAGCAUGCUUCCUCUAUUUUGGAGUCUUCCCAGAAAACUACGAGAUCCCUGUCUGGAUAUUGUUCCGAUUAUUGGUCGCCGAGGGAUUUGUUCAAAAAAUUGAGAAUGUAUGCUUGGAGGAGAUGGCCAAGGAGCACUUGGAGGAUCUGGUUUCGAGAAGCCUAGUAAUGGUGGACCAAAGGAGUUUUAAUGGUCGUAUCAAAACAUGUCGUAUUCAUGAUAUGUUGCGUGACUUGUGCUUGAAAAAGGCUACAGAAGAAAACUUCUUACUUGAGAUCAGAGGGCCUGGGGGUACUUCAACUCACCGAACCUCCGCUGUAAGUAUCAUCAAUCGUCGCAUUUGUAUUCAUUCCGGUGUUUUGAGCUACAUUUCUUCCAAACCUUCUGCCCCAUAUGUCCGCUCUUUCUUGUGUUUUGCCAAGGAUCAAGUCCUCCUACCCCGUGAACAUGUAGGAUACAUCCCUGAAGAGUUUAAAUUGCUUAGGGUAUUUCACAUCCAACCCCUUAGUUCUCCCCGGUUUCCGAGCGAGAUACUACAAUUAGUUCAUCUUACGUAUGUAGCCUUCUCUGGUGACUUCAAAUCUAUUCCUUCCGACGUAUCCAAGCUUUGGAACCUACAAACUCUUAUCGUCGAAACGACCUCACGCACCAUUGACGUUAAAGCGGACAUUUGGAAAAUGACACAGUUUAGGCACCUGCAUACAAAUGCAGCAAGUCAGUUUCCUGGUCUUGUGGCCAAAAAAAGUGAAAGCAUACAAACCCUUUCCACCAUGGCGCCCGAGAGUUGCACAGAGGGUGUCUUAGGCCAGACUCCAUACAUAAAGAAACUUGGAAUCCGUGGGAAACUAGCCACCCUCCUAGAGGAGCAGCCAGGGUCUCUUUUUGAUAACCUUACCAAGUUACAACAACUUGUGACAUUGAAGUUGUUGAAUGACGUAUUCCCUAACCCUCCUGAUGAAUUUAAACUACAAGGUCUUCCCCAUUGGUCCAAGUUCCCACCAAACUUAAAAAGGCUAACCUUGGCCGGUACCUUUCUUGAAUGGGAGCACAUGUCUGUGCUGGGGAUGCUGCCAAAACUCGAGGAGCUCAAGGUAAAGGACAACGCAUUUACAGGGGUAAGUUGGAGUGUAUGCGACGGGGGUUUCAAGAAACUCAAAGCUCUGCAAAUUUGGAAGACAGAUCUGGUUCUUUGGGAGGCCAAAAUUGAUCAUUUCCCAAUCCUUCAGCACAUUGUUCUUAAGGAAUGCACCGAGCUAGGGAAGAUCCCUUCUAGUUUGGGCGAUGUAGAAACACUCCGGACAAUUAAGCUUCAUCGAACAUCACGAUCUGCUGCGGAUUCCGCAAGAGCCAUCAAACACUCCAGGCUAAAGGUCGAUAUCUUUCCUCCGGAUCUUUGACAACGCUCAUCUCCAGCCCAAAUUUCAGGGUCUCUACGUUCUGCUCUCUCUCCUUCCGCGUUCUCAGCGCUAUGGAUUACGUCUCCACGACCAGGCCGCCGACAACUCCCACCGCAUUGAAUUCGACACCACUGCCGCUGCCUCCGCCGAAGACGACUGGAUCUAUCAGUUUCCCAAUGUGGCCCCCACGCCGACAACUCAUCCGUUGAGACUCAAGCUUGAUCCGCUCUCGAGUUUUUCAUCUCUGUUUCCAAUCCGUUAAAUUAGGAUUCCGGUCGUUCGAUUCGCUAUCUUUUAUUUAUCGAGUUCUCUUUGUACUUUUUAACAGAUUUUGGGCUGCGAUUUUGUACUGAUUAUUAUUAUCUGGAGUCUUUUUGGAAAGAAAAUAAAUUCUUUACACCAGUGUAACCAUUUGUUUCAUCCAAAUCAAUUACAUUGCGCCACGUUGUAAAACAGUGGUUCCAAUCAGUAAAAAAUGGUGACGUGGCGCAAUAUAAUUAAUUUGAAGGAAACAAAUAUUUACACCGGCGGUGUAAAAAAUUUAAUCUCUUUUGGAAAUACAUUGUGAGGGUUUGUUUCUGCCAUGAUUAUCUCCUGAUACUUAAUUUUUUUAUUGUGAUUGACUGCUUUUGUGCAA